AUUAUUCAGGAAUCAGUAAAGAUGAAUUAGAUUGGAUUUUGGAAAAUAAUUCCAUUAGAAAAUCGAUUAAUAAAUCGACUGAUUGUCCUGAAAAUGAAAUGGAUCACCAUCUAUCAUGUUCAAGUGAAUAUAUUACUCCUUCUGAUGACAAUCUUGAUCUUCCUCAAAGUGAAAAUGUUAUGUUAUUACCAAAGGAUCAAAUAUCAUCAAGAUCACAUAGAAUACAUAAAAUUCCUUUGAAAUUAUUACUUUCUCGUCGUGAAUAA